CAUAGAUCGACCCUUCUUUGUCACUUGAUAGUACUAACGACUUAUCGCCCCAAAGCCGGUGUCGGAUAAAUCCGCUCCGACCGCUUUCCCCGGAGAUUCGCAGAGCCAAAUUUAUCCCGGCAGAUCGUACAUGCGCGUGGCGAAAAAUUCAAUGUGAGUUGAGGCGUUGUCAUAGAGGUUGCUGGAAGUGUCCUAUCUCCCAUACAGGAUGGACCUUGUACCAGCGCCCGGCGGGGAGAGCUCUUCGUUGAAGAAUCCGGUGGUCGAAGUGGAAGCCGUCGAUAUGACUUCCGCGGAAGUAGAAGGGACCGUUGCGACAGAGAAUCCUGUCUCUGCGCAAGGCAAUAUAUCUCCGUCGGAAGAGGACUCAGAUAGCGGUGAAUCUGGAGACGAAUGGGAGACACAGUCCCUCUAUGAAGAUGCUAUCCAAGUCCUUCGUGACGAGCAACUUCGGGAAGGGGUAGUACCUGAUGCUUGUACAUUGGACGAGGCCAUUGCAUUCCGAAAGCGCCUACAUGAAGUUGGCAAAGCCGCGUUCGUUGAGGAAACUAUUGCUCAGGACAAAGUGACUGCGAAGAAACUAUGCACUGCAUUUGGUAUCAUGCCCCCGGCUUUCCUUGAGGGCGCGCCGGACGAGGCCUAUCAUCCUUUACUUGCGAUUGCGAUCUCGCAAGAGUUCUCUCGCCGUCAGAAGCUUCCACAGUAUAACACGAUUGACGAUGCGGUCAAGUUACUUCAGGAGUCUAAGAAUAUUAUUGUUUUGACGGGGGCCGGUAUCUCCACGAGUCUCGGUAUCCCCGAUUUUCGGUCCAAGGACACCGGACUCUACUCGCAAUUGGCGCAUUUGGGUUUAAGCGAUCCGCAGGAAGUUUUCGACAUCCAUAUCUUCCGCGAGGACCCGAGCAUCUUCUACUCGAUUGCAAAGGAUAUUUUGCCUACCGAGAAGAAAUAUUCACCAACUCAUGGGUUCAUUCGACUCCUGCAGGAUAAGGGAAAGCUUUUGACCAACUACACCCAGAACAUUGAUAAUAUCGAGGCGAAUGCAGGCGUUCUUCCCGAGAAGAUCGUGCAAUGUCAUGGUUCAUUUGCAACGGCCACGUGUGUUAAAUGCGAGUACAAGGUGUCAGGCGAUGCGCUCUUCGAGGACAUCAAGAAGGGGAACGUUCCUGAAUGCACUUCCUGCCAGAAGGCGAUUGAGGAAGACUCUUUGAGGCCACAGGGGCAAAAGCGCAAACGUAGUACUAAUGGCACACACAAGAGCCGGAAAUCCGAUGGGGAUGAGAGCUCUGAAGAGGAAGACUACGAACUUCCCACGCCCGGGGUGAUGAAGCCUGAUAUCACCUUCUUUGGCGAAGAUCUUCCUGAUGAGUUCGGACAGCGCCUGAUUCACCACGACCGUGACAAGGUAGAUCUGGUCAUCGUCAUUGGUACCUCAUUGAAAGUUGCUCCUGUCGCAGAAGUGCCGGGCGUGUUGCCCCGUCAUGUGCCUCAGAUCUAUAUCUCCCGGACUCCUGUGUCGCAUACCGGCUUUGAUAUUGAUCUCCUAGGUGAUUGUGAUGUGGUAGUAUCUGAGCUCUGUCGACGGGCUGGGUGGGACUUCAAACAUGAGAUGAUUCCCCCCGACGAAAAGGUCGAAAUCACUCCUGCUGAAGGAUAUGAGUCACGACAUGUGUUUAAGGUUGUCGGCGCAUAGCGACGGUGUUCGGUCAUAGGAUCUCUGGUUCCUGUCUAUUGAGGGAUGGCGCACUGUACGGUUCUUCUUAUGAUGAUGAUGAAGAAGUUGUUGCUGUGGGUUCUUGUUUUGGAGGGUUUCAUACGUCAGGAUGGACUUUUCUUUUGUUCCUUUAGACAUGUUGUUGCGCUUUUUUUUUUUUUUUUU